UCAUGCACAGAACCACUGAAAGCACAGACGCAUCCUCGGGAGCGUCACGUAACCAUAGAAACAGACAUAACUGGUGCUGCUGACGCUGCAAAACCUCCGCCCCCCUGGCAAACACCACAAUAAACACUCCGGUUUGUUAGGACGUAAUUUGCAUAAAAUGUUUGCAUGGAUUUAUUAACCUCUUUAUGUCGGGCAUUGGUCUGCAAAAUGAACUUAAGGAGCAAGCACUUGUCGUUCUGGGAGCAGACAAUAAUGAACAGAUGGUCGCUUCAGUAGUCAGAUUAAGCACGCAAAGCCGUGACGGGACUGUGACUGUCAGGGAAAGAUGUUAAACGAGUUUCAGUGCUUUGAAUUUACCUGGAGAUCUGUAUGAAAAAGCCGCAGGGACAAACUAAAAUACUUCCGGUCUGAAGUGGAACUUGGUAAAACUCCUACGUGCCUGCUUUACAGAUCAAAAGUGGCAGUUCAAAGAUCCAGCAAAGCUCCUGACUGAACAAAGACAUCAAGCGGAUAAAUAAAGAACCAGUCGAGCCAAGACAAACAUGAGAAACCCAAAGCUAGCUAUCAUUGUCUUCCUGCUCAGCUGUGUAAUAUAUGGCCCUGUGUACAGCCAGGUAACCUGCCGCAGAGCCACGUCUCGUGAAUGGCACACUCAGCCAAAGAACAUCAGCGUGAGGUGGACCCUCAUGGAGAACACCUGCAGCAGUUUGACCCAGUGCUGGAGCAGCUUUGCAGAAACAAAUGGACACUUCUGGACAACUGGGUCAUAUCACUUUCCUCAACUUUGCCCUUUGGAACUUCAACUUGGAGACCUCUUGUUUGUUUCUGCCGACGGAACGCUUGAACAAUACGGUGUCCAACUAAUCAAGGUUUCUAAAGAGGAGUUUGAUAAGUGCUCGAUUUUAGAGCCCCGAAAGGAGCAGUUGGUAUUUGCCAGCAGUAUAAAUGGUACUUUGCAAGUGGAAUCAAAGUGGCUGAUGUCUGGUUUGAAUUACUUUACGGUCAUUAAUAGAGGGAGUAGUCAUCUGUGCAGGUUUGGCCUACGCAUUGCAGUUCUGGUCAAGCCUCAGCUUUGCCAGAGCUCACCCCUCCUUCGGCUGUGUUCGGGAAAAGGAGAAUGCAGAACUACGCUUAAAGAUGAUUCAUUUACCUGUCGGUGUCACAAACACUUUUCAGGACGUUACUGCGAGAACGUUGACGGAUGCUAUGAGCAGCCAUGCUUAAAUGGAGGCACCUGCCUGAGUGAGGGAAGUGCCUACACAGAUCUUCCACCGUACACAUGUCUUUGUCCUGCUCCAUUCACAGGUGUCAACUGCUCUGAAAUCAUUGGAAAUCAAAACUGCAGCAAAGGGUGCAAAGAAGGAGCUUGCAUAAAAGUCUCAUCAACUUCUUACAGAUGUGAAUGUUUCACCGGAUAUACAGGUACUUACUGUGAGAGGAAGAGGCUGUUCUGCGACUCAAACCCGUGCCGGAAUGAUGGUCGGUGUGAGGAGACUGCUAAUGGAUAUGUUUGCACAUGCCCAGGGGGUUUCACAGGCCUCAACUGUGAGACCACCGCUGAGGCUGACAGCUACUGCAAGUCUAGCGGAUGUCAACUGGACGAAGCCUGUGCCACGGACAAACUUAAUUCCACAUGCAUUUGUGUAGACCCAGAAUGCUUGGAGCAAGCGGAGGUGUGUGGCACUUUGCCUUGUCUCAACGGUGGCAUCUGUGUAGUUCCAAAUGGCCAGUAUCAUUGCAGAUGCCGGCAAGGUUUUUCUGGGAAGAACUGUGAAGAAAUAAUUGACUUCUGCAAGCUGCUCAAUAUUAACUGCCUGAAUGAGGGACUGUGUCUCAACCGAGUUGGAGGAUAUAAUUGUCUCUGUGCACCAGGAUGGACGGGGGAGUUUUGUCAGUACUUGGAGAACGCAUGCUUAGCCUAUCCAAACAGAUGCUUGAACGGAGCUACUUGCAUCAGUAUGAGUCAGACGACUGCACCCCCGCAUUAUAUGUGCACCUGUCUCCCUGGAUACACAGGACCCUACUGUGAAGCUGAAGUAAAUGAGUGCGAUUCCAGUCCCUGCCAGCACCAAGGAACAUGCACUGACUUUGUUGGAUACUACAAAUGCACCUGUCCUUCAGGAUACACUGGGAUUGACUGUGAGAUUGACAUAAAUUCCUGUUGGCUUCCCAACGCCACCUGUCCUCCUGGAACACUCUGUGUGGAUUUGCCGGGUGACCAGCUCUUUAAAUGUCAUACUCCAUGCCCUCACUAUCUACAGCCGUGUGCCAAUGGAGGACAUUGUGUCCUUCACAACAUCACCAGUUACAGUUGUGUUUGUGCACCUGGGUGGACUGGAGCGACCUGCUUGGUCAACAUAAAUGAGUGUGUCCAGCACAGGUGUCAGAACAGAGCCACCUGCGUGGAUGAGGUUGGCGGAUACAGUUGCCUUUGCGGUCACGGAUACACCGGAGUCCACUGCGAACUUGACUUCUGCUCUGGACAUCAGUGUUCAGAACACGCCGUCUGUGUGGACCAACAGCACAACUACACCUGUCGCUGCAUGCUGGGAUAUGAGGGAACGCUCUGUGAGCUUGAGACAGAUGAAUGCAAAAGUGCGCCGUGCACCAAUAAUGCCACUUGCAUUGAUUUGGUGGCAGGAUACCAAUGCCUGUGUGCACCAGGAUUUAAGGGUCGAACGUGCUCUGAGAGUAUGAAUGAGUGCUGGUCCAGACCCUGCAAUAAUGGAGGCUCCUGCAUUGAUCUGGUCAAUGACUACAUUUGUAACUGUCCACUAGGAUUCACAGGACAUGACUGCUCCAUGCCGGCUACGGGCUGCACUUCCAACCCGUGCAACACAAAGGGCACUUCCAUGUGCGAAGAGCAGCAGGAUGGUUUUAAGUGCGUAUGUCACCAUGGCUAUACGGGCCUGUUUUGUGAAACGUCCAUCAAUCACUGCGUCGAGGGAUUGUGUCAUCACGGAUCAGAAUGCGUGGAUCUCACUAAAGGCUUCAUGUGUGAAUGUUUGCCUGGGUUACGAGGACGAUUGUGCGAGGUAAACAUUGAUGACUGUCUGGAUAAGCCCUGUGGUGCACUCAGUAUCUGUAAAGAUGGUAUCAAUGCCUAUGACUGUUUUUGUGCACCUGGGUUCGUCGGUAAUAACUGUGAGAUUGAAGUAAAUGAGUGUCUUAGUCAACCCUGUCAGAAUGGAGCGUCCUGCUCAGAUGAGCUUAACUCCUUCAGCUGUCUCUGCCUUGCCGGCACUACAGGCAGUUUAUGUGAAAUAAACAUAGAUGAAUGCCAGUCAUCACCAUGCAUGAAUAAUGGCACGUGUUUGGACCUCUCAGACGGAUUUAAAUGCAUUUGCCCUUCAGGUUUCUCUGGUCCAGAGUGCUCGAUGGACAUCAAUGAGUGUGUCUCAUAUCCCUGUAAGAAUGGAGGCUCUUGCAUUGACCAACCGGGUAAUUACUACUGCCGAUGCCUGGCUCCAUUUAAAGGCCUGAACUGCGAGUUGCUGCCCUGCGAGGCUGUUAAUCCGUGCGAUAACGGGGCAGAGUGUGUGGAGGAGGCUGAUCUCGUCCUCUUCCCUCUGGGCUUCCAGUGCCGAUGUCGCAAGGGUUUUACAGGUCCCCGCUGUGAAGUCAACAUCGACGAGUGCAGCUCCAACCCCUGUCUGAACGGCUUCUGCUAUGACGCUGUUGAUGGCUUUUACUGCUUGUGUAACCCUGGUUACGCUGGAGUGAGAUGUGAGCAGCACAUCAAUGACUGCGCUAGCAACAUGUGUGAAAACAACUCCACUUGUGUGGACCUCCAUCUGAGUUACAACUGCCUCUGUCUACCCGGAUGGGAGGGGGAGUACUGUCAAAGGGAGACCAAUGAAUGUUUAUCAAACCCCUGUAAAAAUAACGCCACCUGCACAGACCUCCUCAAUGCUUACAGGUGUGUGUGUCCUCAAGGAUGGACAGGCCUGGACUGUGAUGAGGAUGUGAAGGAAUGUUCUUCCUCGCCCUGCCUGAACGGGGCACAUUGUGUGGAGUCUGAUACCCCAGGGGAGUUUUCCUGCACCUGCCCGCCCUUCUUCACCGGGCCCCUCUGUGAACAGCCCUAUGACCCUUGUGAGCUGCAGCGUAACCCCUGCCUGCACAACUCCACCUGCCGUGCCCAGUCAGACGGAACCGCCCUCUGUGUUUGCCCAGUCGGGUUUGAGGGAACUCGCUGUGAAAUUGAUAGCGAUGACUGUGUCUCAAGACCUUGUCAGAACCGCGGCAUUUGUGUGGAUGGGGUCAACAGCUACAGGUCUUUUUACCUUUAAUUUCUCAUUUUAGUUCUCUGUUGUGUUUGUUUGUUA